AUUUACUUUUUAAUUUAAUAAUGUGCGCUGCCCCGCCUCUUAUCUAAAACCUCGAGGGGUAAACCGUAAACCCCUGCACUUCCCGCUAGUACCCUGCUCCAUGACUUCACUCGCAGCCGCAAUCCAAUUUUCUCCGACCUCCAACCGUUUUCCCGGCCACUUUUCGACCCCCAGCACAGCACAGCGAGUUGCUUUCUCUAGGAAAUGGAGGUGCUUAGCCACCCAGAAAUCCCAGCAACAGCAUCACUCCCAGAAUCCGGAGAGACCACCACAAUCCAAGAACAAGAAGAGAAGUGGUCCAACCGAUGGCGAUAAAGAUAAAGGGAUUGACCCAGCUGGUUUCCUUACCAAACUCGGCAUUUCCCACAAGCCCUUUGCUCAAUUCCUACGCGAAAGGUAUAAAGCCUACAAGGACCUUAAAGAUGAAAUUUUCACUCGCCAUCUGGAUCUGAAGGAGCUGGCUUCUGGAUAUGAACUAUUGGGUAUGCAUCGCAAUGUGCAACAUCGGGUGGAUUUCAUGGAGUGGGCUCCAGGUGCUCGUUAUUGUGCAAUAGUUGGUGACUUUAAUGGGUGGUCAGCAACAGAAAAUUGUGCCAGAGAGGGACACUUUGGGUGUGAUGAUUAUGGGUACUGGUUUAUCAUUCUUGAAGAUAAAUUGAGGGAUGGAGAAGAACCAGAUGAACUAUUCUUUCAGCAGUAUAACUAUGUGGAUGACUAUGAUAAGGGUGACAGUGGCAUUUCCAUUGAUGAAAUAUGUAAGAAAUCGUAUGAUGAAUAUUGGGAACCUGAAGAGAUUGAGUAUGCCAAUUCACGUUACAAAACAGCAGCAAAGUUGUAUGAGCAAAUGUUUGGCCCCAAUGGGCCUGAAACGGAGGAGGAAUUGGGAGAAUUACCAGAUGCAGAAACAAGAUACAAGGCUUGGAAAGAACAGCAUAAAGAUGACCCACCCAGUAGAUUACCUCCAUAUGAUGUGAUGGAUAACGGAAAGGAAUAUGACAUUUAUAAUGUUGUGGAUGAUCCCUUAUGGCGAGAGAAAUUUCGUUCUAAGAAGCCUCCUGUAGCAUACUGGUUGGAGAGUUGUAAAGGAAGAUUGGCAUGGUUGAAAAAGUAUACUCCUGGUAUUCCUCAUGGAAGCAAAUACAGGAUCUAUUUUAACACUCCCAGUGGACCUUUGGAACGGAUUCCUGCCUGGGCUACUUACGUUCUUCCUGCUGUAGAUGGAAAGGAAGCAUUUGCAGUUCAUUGGGAGCCACCUCCAGAUUGUGUGUACAAGUGGAAAAACGUCCAACCAAAAGCGCCUUGCUCUUUGCGUAUUUAUGAAUGUCAUGUUGGCAUUAGUGGAUCAGAGCCAAAGAUAUCUUCUUUCAAUGAUUUUACAGAGAGGGUCCUUCCCCAUGUAAAGGAAGCUGGAUAUAAUGCAAUCCAAUUGAUUGGAGUCAUUGAGCACCAAGAUUAUUUCACUGUUGGUUACAGAGUCACCAAUUUUUAUGCUAUUAGCAGCAGAUAUGGCACUCCUGAAGAGUUCAAGCGCCUAGUGGAUGAAGCUCAUGGACUGGGUCUGCUGGUCUUCUUGGACAUUGUCCAUUCUUACGCUGCAGCUAAUGAGAUGGUUGGACUAUCACAAUUUGAUGGAUCAAAUGACUGCUACUUCCAUACUGGUAAACGUGGUCACCACAAAUUUUGGGGUACCAGAAUGUUCAAAUAUGGCGAUCUUGCGGUGUUACAUUUUCUUCUUUCAAAUCUGAAUUGGUGGGUUGAUGAGUAUCGCAUUGAUGGCUUCCACUUCCAUUCGCUCUCAUCCAUGAUGUAUACACACAAUGGUUUUGCUUCUUUUACUGGUGACAUAGAGGAGUAUUGCAAUCAAUAUGUUGACAAGGAUGCAUUGAUAUACCUCAUUUUGGCCAAUGAGAUACUGCAUGCUCUUUAUCCGAACAUAAUAACAAUUGCUGAGGAUGUUACACUCUAUCCGGGACUAUGUGAGCCAACUUCACAAGGCGGACUGGGAUUUGAUUAUUAUGUCAAUCUUUCUGUGUCAGAGAUGUGGCUGUGGUUCCUGGAGAAUGUUCCUGACCAUGACUGGAGCAUGAGUAAGAUUGUGAGCACAUUGAUGGGCAACAGACAAUAUGCAGAUAAGAUGCUUGUGUAUGCUGAAAAUCACAACCAGUCCAUAACUGGAGGGCGGUCAUUUGCGGAAAUUUUGUUUGGUGCAAUCAAGGAGGACUCACUUGUUUCAAAUGAAUCAUUGCUUAGAGGGUGUUCAUUGCAUAAGAUGAUCAGAUUGAUUACUUUUACAAUCAGUGGACGUGCUUACCUUAACUUCAUGGGCAAUGAAUUUGGGCAUCCCGAGAGGGUUGAGUUCCCGAUGCCAAGCAACAACUUCUCAUUUUCGCUUGCGAACCGUCGCUGGGAUCUAUUGACAGAUGGACUACAUUACAAUUUAUUUUCUUUUGAUAAGGACUUGAUGAAGUUGGAUGAAAAGGAAAGGGUACUUCCAAGAGGUCCACCCAACAUGCACCAUGUGAACGACAGUACCAUGGUAAUUUCUUAUAUAAGAGGCCCGCUUCUCUUCAUAUUCAACUUUCAUCCCACAAUUUCAUAUGAAAGAUACAGUAUCGGUGUAGAAGAGGCUGGGGAGUAUCGAGUUAUUCUUAAUACGGACGAAAUAAAAUACAGUGGUCAAGGACUUAUCAAGGAGGACCAAUAUCUACAAAGAACCCUUAGCAAAAGAGCGGAUGGUCUUCGAAACUGCUUGGAAGUGCCUCUGCCCAGCAGAACAGCUCAGGUCUACAGAUUAGUAAGGAUUUUAAGAAUAUGAGCCUUCCAUGUUCUCUAAGAUGACAAGGGGAGAUGUAGCAUCCUAAUGCCCAGAGCUCAUGCAUUCUCCUGGUGAUUUCCGUUCGUGUAAUUAUCACUGUUGUGGUUUACCAGUCACUCAUCUCUCAAACAUGACAACUCUUGCAUGGCAACCGGUCCUAUGCUGAAGUGAACAAUACACUAAAUGAUUGUGUUACUCCUGUGUAAUUGGCUUGGGACAUCAUUUCUUGAAAUUCGGGCUUCCAAACACCCUGGAAAAGCCCCUCGUCAACGACUUAUCUAGGCAUCUCAUCCUGCUCACUUUCCCUUUUUCCCUUAGGCCAUCUUUUUCUCACUUGAGUGUAGGUACUUGUUACUCAGCUUGUUUGCUUUAGAGGCAUGACCCUUGACGAGGGAUGUUAAAAGUUUUUUUGCUUGGCCAUCCUACUCACUUUUGUAGGUAUUUGUUACUUUAGAUAGGUUAUUUGCUUUUGGGGGCAUGAGCGUUGAUGAGGGGCUGUAAAUUUUCUUAUGCCAGUUGUCACAUGAAAUAUUUAAUGAGGUAGCAUGUUCAAA